AUUGGCCAAAGCCGUUGUCGGUCCCACUUGAGGACCACAGCGGUGUGAUACCGAAGCCACGUUGACGAAAAAGUGGUUUAUAGCUUUUUUUAAAAGCCGGGAAGCCGAGAACCCGUUGCCCACUGUUAUUUGCGAACCCAGGAACCUCAGUGGGGGUCAACUAAGCGAAGAGCACAUCAGUCACAUCAUCUGACAGGAUGAGCGUUGGAUUUAUUGGAGCUGGUCAGCUGGCUCAUGCCCUGGUGAAAGGGUUCACAGCUGCAGGUGUGAUUGCUACACACAGGAUCACAGCCAGCUCCCCAGACACAGAUCUGCCCACUGUGUCAGGACUGAGGAAAAUGGGGGUGAACCUGACAACUAGCAACAAAGAGGCCGUCUCUAAGAGUGAUGUGCUCUUCCUGGCCGUGAAGCCCCACAUCAUCCCCUUUGUUCUGGACGAGAUUGGACCAGACAUAGAGGACCGCCAUCUCAUCAUUUCCUGUGCUGCAGGUGUCACCAUCAGCUCCAUAGAGAAGAAACUGCUUCAGUACCGUUCAGCUCCUAAAGUCAUGAGGUGUAUGACCAAUACUCCAGUGGUGGUGAGAGAAGGAGCCACAGUGUAUGCUACUGGGACACAUGCAGAGGUGGAGGACGGCAAGUUACUAGAGCAGCUGAUGGCCAGUGUAGGUUUCUGCACUGAGGUGGAGGAGGAUCUUAUUGAUGCCGUCACUGGCUUGAGUGGCAGUGGACCAGCUUACGCGUUCACAGCCCUGGAUGCUCUUGCAGAUGGAGGAGUGAAGAUGGGUCUGCCCAGGAGACUUGCUGUCAGACUUGGAGCUCAGGCUCUACUGGGAGCAGCUAAGAUGCUGCUGGACUCUGAGCAGCACCCGGGCCAGUUGAAGGACAACGUGUGCUCACCAGGGGGCGCUACAAUCCACGCCCUGCACGUCCUGGAGAGCGGUGGUUUCCGCAGCCUACUUAUAAAUGCUGUAGAGGCGUCAUGCAUCAGGACACGUGAGCUUCAGUUCCUGGCAGAUCAAGAGCGUAUUUCUCCAGCAGCCAUUAAGAAGACCACGUUGGACAAGGUGCUCCAGCAGCCAGGUGUCGCGGUCAGCGGCGUGUCUAAUGGCAGCGGCAGAGCAGGGCUCAGCCUGUUCAACGCUCGCAACCCAAUGGUCAAGAAGAAGAACUGAAUACACAGAGAGGCUGACGCGCACACAAACAUGGGAGUAGUAGAAGGAAACACCCCCAGGACUGGUCUUAAAUCAAAUCCAAAGUAUGUCACCAAAUUAUUUAUUCAUACUUUAGUGACCUAUGGACACUAGACCUAGUGAGGUCACCACGACUUCACACACAUGCACAGAUGUAUUCUGGGUGUAUUGCUCACACAUGCUGUACACAACACUAUGUUGUGAUGGAGGAUUACUGUCUAUACACACUCGGAUCCAGAUCUACUGAAGAACAAUGUGCAUUAACAAUCUGCUUUGCUUGAGUUCUGUGCUAUGUGAAGCUUAGUAAUGACCCGUUGAGCCAUUGUGGGAUCCUGGUAGGCACCUGCUAAGAUCCCAUCAAGCUUUUAAUGUAUGUCUUUGAUGCCCUUUUUUGUGAGUCAACAAAACCCUCUACCUUUUUUUCUUUUACUUGUUCAAAUACCGAUCUUUGCUUAGCCGACAGUAUUGCACCAUUAACAGUGACUGAAUAUGAAUUCAACAAAAUACUAAACACUACAGUGUUAUCAUGAGGUUUCUUGCACAGUAAGAACAUUGUGCCUUUACUCCAGAACUUUCUCACCUAUAAAGGUGUUUGAGGCAGCAUUUGGUCAGAUCCGUUUUUCUUCUGUCAUGUUUGUUGAUUUUUUUUUUUUUUUUAAUUUUCUUUUUAAGGGUUUGAACACCAAAAUCUUGAAGUGAAAGUCAUCAGAUGUAAUUUUAUUUUACAUCAUGGGUAAAGUUAUGACGUUUUUCCUCAUGAGGGAAUGUGAUAUUACCUGAAAGUGCUACAGGUUUUGCUUGUGAAUUUAUUUGUAAAGAGGUUAAAGCAAAAGCCAUCACGCUAUCCUGAUUGUCUCCUUUUUUAAAAUUGUAUAAAUUCCUAUUACAGUUAUGUAUUUUUUGUUUGGCAUAUGAAGUUGUCGUCCUGUCCCUCAAAUUAAAGAAGCUAAAUAGCAAAUGUCAUUGUUUGAAUUCUAGAUUUGGCCUGAAUUGAACAUAUUACAACACUGA